UUAACGAUAAAACAUCAUAUACAACAGCAUCUUGAAGCAAUGGGAAAAGUACUUUUAUCUUUAUUCGUUUUAACUUUCUUGGUACAAACAAUUUUCCUGUUUAUUUCGAUGACGUAUGAUUGGGGUGUAUCGUUUUACCCUCUGCCUUCAAACCAGCACAAAACGAAAACAGGACCUUCUCAAUCUAAGCCGCAUAGGGAARACUUUCACAGAGGUCAAAUCCCGAAAUUAAAACUUAUCGUGGCAAUAUUAUCGGCGCCAAAUCGCGUGGAUCGACGAAAAGGAAUCCGCAUGACUUGGAUGAAUGAUUGUAGUCGUAUUGACGUCCUUUGUCGGUUCUUCACGGACAGUCUUGUUCAAAUGAAUCCCACUGUAAAGCGAGCUUUGAWGGAAGAAAGUCUCAGACAUGGAGACAUUGARUUCAUGUCWGUACCAGGAGGAAUAAACUUUGGUCUUAGGAUGAUAUGGCUGCUUCAAUGGUCCGUGUCCAAUUAUGAUUUUGAUUUCUUUUUGAGAAUYGAYGAUGAUUAUUUUCUAUGCCUCAGAAAAUUACUGGCUGAGAUCCCGUACAGGGCACACGUCCCAAAGUUGUGUUGGGGUCAUGUACACUGCUAUACUGAAGGGCAAGUCCGAAUGGAUGAAGGCUUCCUGAUUCUAUCCUCUGAUUUGGUCAAAGAGUUCGUUAAAAACAAAGACUCUUUAUUAUGYCAUCCCUAUGGAGACCAAACUGUUGCAUUAUGGAUGAAUAAUCGAACUGACGUCACCCGCUUUCACGAUCCUCGCGUUGUUCACGAAGUUACCGCGCAUAACGCACAAUUCAAGGCGAAUAAAGAGAUUUGCAACACAUAUUUAGGCCUACAUGGCAGCUAUUUACAUGAAAAUCUUCUGUACUGGGAUAUCGUUAAAAAAGAAACGUUUGACAAUCAUUGGGUUCCCUCUAUUCAACCUUUUCAUGAAGUCUGUCAGCUUGGGACAUAUUUUGAUUGGAGGAAAAUGGGUGGAGCUCCAUAUACAUGGGAACCUAAACCKUGUAAUUCAAGCCCUACGUGGAAUACAGUUUAUACAAUGUAUCUGGGAAGAAAUAGAAUAUAAAAACAUGCUGAAUAUGAUAAUUAAAUACAAUCAUUGCUUGUAAGUUUCGAUAUUGUCAAAAAUAUUACAGGUUUAGCUUGGCCUCCUWACAAUGAAGAGUUAAUUCAUUGUUAAUAUGAGUGGAUAUAGUCAAUCUCGUUAACGUUGUUCACUUGUAAGACAUAAAGACAACAACAAAUUCAAUUGGAUAAAAUGUUUUCCAAUCCCAGGUAUGAUAGAUGGAAAUGACUUUGUUGUUGUUGUUUUCACGUCUUUGCAACUGAACAGCGUUAAGUAACAAUGCGCUUAAGAACUAGGGAACUCUCUAUUGUUCUGCGGCAUUGCAACUUCCCCAYGUACGAAUGUCUUAGUUUUCACACUGAUUAAGYAUCA